AUGUCUCGAGUAUCUACACCUACCAAAGUGUCGACGCCGCCAAAAUGGAAGCUCAGGCUUCGCUCUCUAUAUAAACUGAGGUCUUCUCUGCUGCUGCUGAUGCUGCUGCUGGCGCUGCCGCUGCCUGAGAAAACCGCACCGUCUACUCCAGAAUGUGACUUUUUGACGCCGCUCGAUGUGUAUCAAGAUGAGUACUUUACGCCGCUUACUGACCAGAAAGAUAUCACUUUGGGUGAACUCACGUUGCCGCCUCCACCGCCUCCUCAGAGACACAAAUGGGGAGUGUUGGAGCCUGAGUCGCCGUUGUUUGAGCACUCGAGGAAACCUAGCUCGCCUGGGCCUCGCGUGAAACCGUAUUUUGCAACCACUACUAAAAGACCAAAUAUUGCUGGGAACGUUGAUAUUUGUUUUAUAUGCGAUGAACUGCUUGAAACGACUCUAUACCUUGAAAAGCUAGUGCCUCUACUGUGUGGAGAUAGGGUUCACGAGGAGUGUUUGAGAACAGUGGUGAACCAUGAACUUGAGAAGAAGCUUCACCAUAGACGUAUUUCUAGGGCAAGUUCAACGGCUGAAUUAAUGCACGCUGUGUUUCCAAAUUGUCAUGGAACAAUUUGCAGAACCAAGGAUGAACGGCCUUUGGCGGUUCCACUGAAUACGGCCUUCUUGGACGAUUUGAAUAACGACCUUAGGCUUUCGUUGAAACUUACACGUUUUGAAGCUUCAAGAACCCUUGAUCCCGCUCAGGAAGAAUAUGGAACCGCCGUUCUGUCUCCUAUCUUCUCUGAUAACUAUACCAUGGACUUCUUCCCUGAGAAGAAUAAACAGGUGCCUAGGGUACCUUUAAGAAUCGAUACUGGCGCCAGCAACGCUUACAACAGAGAAAGCAGCGCUUACAACAGGGAAAGCGGCACAUACAACACCAACAGAGCGUCGCUUGCGUCCAAUAUCAGUAUUGGCACCACCGCUACUGCUUCUGUCAGAGUAUCCAUUCACAACCUGAUACCCCCAGAGGAACUCAAGCUGGCCUUCAUCCAACACAUGAUCAACCAUGCUCCUGGGUUUGAUCUUUCGAUGCUUGUGUCUUUGGGUAAAUUGCGUCUUGUGGAUCUGCUUUUUGUCAGUACAGAUAGAGCUUCAGCUUUUGAACUGGCAAACGUCUACCUCUUCACGAACUACUUGGUUAUAUGGUCUGCCAACCACCCACCCCAGUUCUUGAUGGUUCCUUUGAACGAGACAACCAGUAUCAAUACACCUAUUCCUUCUGUCCUCCAGCUUUCUAGCUCCAGUGGCCAAGACUCAUUCAAUGUCAGACUCCAUUCAGAAACUGGCUCUAUCAUUGAAAAAUGGGGCAUUGCUAUUUCUGACAGUCUGAUGACGUUCCCACCUAAUAUCUUCUCGUCAACAUUAAGGCUUCCAGAUAUCGUUGCUGGUACUUCGUUUCCUGGUAUAACUACUCCCCAGAAGCAGAAACCCAAGGUUUCUCCAAUCAUGGAGUCUUCGUCUGAGUUUGCUCCCACAGUUCCAGAAAGAAGCCCUGAAAGAGGUAUACUCAAUUUUGGUGGUCUUCAAGUGUACUCAGAUGAUGCCACAACUCCAGCAAUUUCCAGACCAACGAGUCCACUACGGUUGCAGUUGAAGGCUUCUUCAGAUGAAUCAACAAAGGUCAGUUCACAGACAGAUAUAACCAAGGAGCUCGUGGACGACCCUGUUGAAACUGCAAUUGAGAAGUUGUCUGGAACAGCCGAUAUCAAGUUAGUCCAGGAAGAAGAUUCAGACGACGAUUCAGAUGAAGAUCUGGACUGUGAGCUUAUUGACCGAGUAAUGAAAUCUCUUUAA